ACUAUCACGGUUAACCCCUGAUGAAUUCAUCAUGAUGGGCUAACUGGCCUGUUUUCAUUCUCAUCUAUCACCCUUCACUGGUGCUCCGCCAGCGUAUCCCGUUAGCGCAGGCGGGGUUACCAUACCAUUUUCACCCAUAAAAAAAAAACUCUGCAAUGGAGUCCGGUAGAUACCAUCAUCAUCCUAUCAACCAUUAACUGUUCACUGCUGGACAUAGGACUCUCCCAUAAAAUGGGUGUUUGCCAGUUAUUACCACGCCUGACAGGUUUAGCAACCACAGUUAAACUUUACAAAAUGUUUUAGCAGGGACGCUGUUGUCCAUCCCUCGCCGUCCCUUAGCCGCCUCUUACGACACCCACGGGAAGGAAAAUGUGACCCAUUCGAUGCCGGGACCACACGUUGAGAUGUGUACGCCGGAGACAUGGCGGGGCGGUGGCGUGGCUCGUUCGCCGUCGCACGAGUCCGUCACCACCGAACUGUCGCUGUUCAGCGUCUCCUCCGCCGCCUCUGACGCUAGGGUGCUGAGGUUGCUAGCUUGCAAGGCCGGCCAAGGUCCAGACCCAAACUUGAGGGUGGCCAGUCCAAAUCCAGACAGCAAAGCUUUGAAGGUGCAGUCGUCGCUGCGGCUGCAGGCGGACACGUGCCGCGAGCUGCUGGCGGGCUGCGCGGCGCUGUGCGGCCAGCUCGGCCUGCGCCGCUCGUUCAGCGCGGGCGACGUCGCCGCCGGCAGCCGCCGCCGCCUGCGCAGCGCGACGUCGGAGGUGGGUCUUUGCGCUGCGCUGGAGGCUCUCACCCUCACCGCCGCGUCUAGGUCCUGCAGCACGUGGGUAGCUGUGGGCGGUUCCCAGCUGCCUUCGCCGCAGCGGUCCCACCCCAUCCCGCCGCCACACCGGCCCGUGCCCACCGACAACAGAAAGGUCCGCCAGAACUACAUCAAGCGCCGCCUCCUGACCACGUACAGGGCGCUCGAGAGGAUGUCCCAGUCGGAGUUCAACCUGGACAGACUAGAGCAGGCAGCAGUGGCGAGUGCAGCGGGCGGGGGGGCCGGCCCGACCACGCUUGCAGUGCCGCCGCCGCACGCGCGCUUCGUGCACCCAGAGGCGGCCCACCUGGCGCUCACCGCGGCCGACCUGGAACGCGAACGCGGGCGCCCCCUAUCCAAAUACGAGCGCAACAUGAUGAUAUUCAACUGGCUGCAUACACUGGACGAGGCGGCGCCGUUCUAGGAAGCUCUAGAAGGUGACAGAAGUUGGUGUUAUCAAUAGGUGACAGACGUACAUAUGUCGUUCUAAAAUGGCCAUUGUUUUAGAUAAUUUAAGGUUUUUUUUUAAUCGGUAUACGCUGGUAGGGUACCAGGGAAACAUGAUAGGUGAGGAUGUAAAGGCAGGUCAGUUAGCCCAUCGUGAUGAAUACACCUGGCGUUCAGCACGAUGGUUUCCAGGGGGGACCACGUGGAUCUCGACCUGGUAGGCUAUAUUGCUAGCAAUGAGACUGGUGGGGGGAAGGUAUUGUUAGCAAUGCGGAGUUACAGUAAAAGAUUUGUUAAUUUCAAAAUAAUGCCCAUUUUAGAGGGACACGUAAAAAUAUAUUGUCGUGAAUAACUUCUAGAGGUUUCUAGAAGGCAAAAGUAGCUUCUAGAAGCUGUGUAUAGCUUUUUCAAAAGUUAGCUCCAUUGAUCGGUGAUUGCCAUCGUCCAAUAUUUUAAUUAUAUGUAAUUUUAUUUUAUGCAACUUAGAAUGGCAAACAAGCUGACGGCCCACCUGAUGGAAAGUGGUAACCGUCGCCUAUAGACAUGAGCAGUACCGUGGACAUAACAGAGUAUACUGUUUCGCCCAUGAUACCCCGCAUGCGUUGCCAUUCCUGAGGACUCAGGUGUUAUUCCUCUGUACAGUGUAAAUUCACGCCAUAUCCCACCCUUCGAACCGAAACAAUGUCUGUAUAAGGGAGUACAGUAUUUAAAGAAAAUAAAGAUAGACAAAAUUUUUCAAAAUUUCUAAAAAAUAUAUAAAUUUUGCCAUAUGGUAUUGAGCUCGCCACUUGUACAAAGUUUUUUUUUUUUUGAUGGGUGAAAAUGGUAUGGUAGCCCCGCCUGCGCUAACGGGAUACGCUGGCGGAGCACCAGUGAAGGGUGAUAGAUGAGAAUGAAAACAGGCCAGUUAGCCCAUCAUGAUGAAUUCAUCAGGAAUUAACCAUGAUAGUUUCCAGGGAGAAUCGCGAAGUGGUCGACCUGGUUGGAUAGGAAUAGGAUUCUCAGUCUCCAUUACUAACAAUCCCUUUCCCCCUACAAAGUUUUAUUGUGAAAUAAUGAAUAAAUAGAUGAAAAAAAUAAAUUUUAAAAAAUUUUGUCUGUCUAUCUGUUUUAAUGGGUGAAUAUGGAAUGGUAACCAUAGAUUUUUUUUUAAUGAAUGAUAAUGGAAUGGUAACCGCACUUGCGUUAAUGGUAUACGCUGGCGAGGUACCAGGGACACAUGAUAGGUGAGGAUGUAAACAGGUCAGUUGGCAUGUCGCGACGAAUUUAACAAGAAUUCAUCACGAUGAUUUCCAAGGGAAAUCGCGUGGGGGUCAACCUGAUUGUUAGCAAUGGGGCUAUUAGACCCCAUUACUAACAAUCCCUUCCCCCCCCUCUGUCUAUCUGUUUGUGUAUUUGUUAUACACAAAAAAUACUAGUUAUACGAUGUCGUUUAAUAUAUAGCUUCCAUACAGAAAUUCUGUAAACUUCUCAAUGCGUCUAGAACGUUCUAGAAGUUACAAGUGUUCACAGAAGACUCUAGAAGGUAUAAAAUAAUAUUGUGUGAGUGUAACACGUUAAAUUAUUGUAUUAUAAUAAUAAUAAAAAAAUAAAAUAAAAAUAGAAAUAAAUUAUUAAUGCAUUGUAAACUUUGGUAAAUUUGUAAAUUCAAAUCUCGAACAAAGACAUAUUGGGCAUAUAAAAUGUAGCGAUAGGAUGCAUUUAUAUAUAUAUAUAUAUAUAUAUAUAUAUAUAUAUAUAUAUAUAUAUAUAUAUAUAUAAUAAAUGUUGACGUAUUUCGAGGACAUACGAUGCUCUGUCGCUGCAUUUUAUAUACAUGAAUUGAACAUACAUUUUACCACUAGGAACACGCUCCUAGUACAUUAGGGGUCGUCCAUCAAUCGAGUGGGGCUAUAAGGGAGGGGGGGGGGGGUUAUAACAUGCAUGGCAACCCCGCCCGCGCUAACGGUAUACGCUGGCGAGGUACCAGGGACACAUAGAUAGGUGAGGAUGUAAGCAGGCCAGUUAGCACAUCGUGACGAAUUCCAUUAGAAUGACAAGCGUGCAUGGUGUUAGUAGAUCAUGCGCGGGCUUUAACGACCGUGUAAUUUUAGACAUAGUACAUUUAAAUAAACACACAUAAUGUUAACAGAGAUUUAAAAGAGUAACUGUUGAGUUUCUCGCGGGCUCUUCUCAACAGAUAACAACCUUCCGAAGCCUGCAGUAGAUUAAAAACAAAUGACGAUUUAAAAGUGCUUGUAAACAAGUCUAUUUGAAUAGAGACGAUUUGAAUUAACCCCGUUAGUUUCUAUGGAGAACCGCAUGAAACUCGACCUGAUAUGGGUGGGUGUAUUGCUAGUAAUGGGUAAAUUAGAUCCCUUUACUCUUGGGGUUACGGGCCAAAGAAAACGCUUUUUUAUUGUGGGAAUAUACUUUUACUGGAGGUAAACAUAUAAAUCGUAUUAAAUAUUGUAAUACACAAAAAAACAUGGACACUCUUAAAAUAAUCUUACAGACAGUACAGAGUAAUUAAUAGGCAGAGACAUUCGCUAAUCUAGAGUAUACAAUCAUGGAAUCGAGCUGGGAGGCGGCGCUGGCGGCCUCGGCUCUCUCGAUUACCGAGAGUCAGUAAUCGAGUGAUGGCUACACCACGUUAGUUUCUAUGGGGAACCGCAUGAAACUCGACCUGUUAAGGGUAUAUUGCUAGCAAUGGGUAAAUUAGAUCCCGUUACCAACAAUCCCUUGCAAUUUUACACUGCACUCAUGAUACAACAGUCUACGAUGAAAUGAAAUUCCGAAAUUUCGGACUCAAUUUCGUGUUUUUGUUUAUACCAAAAUCGGACCAAUAAAUGGAGUUUAACAUUACGUUCGUCAUACAUCCUAUCGUACGAGUCCAAAGGAACAAUAUUUUAACAUUUUUGAUAUUUCCAAACGGCAUUAUGAAAUUUUAACAUCAAAUUUCUGUUUCGUUUGGCUUCGAAAUUUCGGAAAACAUUUCAUGGUAGGCCAUCAGGGGUCGGUUUGCAAUAAUUUGCAUUGGCAAGUUGCACUAAUAUGCGUCUAUCGGGGGAAAGGGAUUGUUAGCAAUGCAGUUUGACAGCCCCAUUGCUAGCAAUAUGCCCUAUUAGGUCGAACUCCACGUGGUUCUAUCUGGAAACCAUCGUGAACAAUUCUUGUUGAAUUCGUCACGAUGGGCUAACUGACCUGUUUCAUCCUCACCUAUCAUGUGUCCCUGGUACUCUGCCAGUGUAUACCGAUAGCGCCGGUGGGGUUACCAUUUCAUUAUCACCCAUAAAAAAAAAGCAUCUAUCAGAACAAUAUGGAACCAUUAUGUCGCUAGUGUCGCAAUUCGAGAGUAGGAAACGGCUUAAUUCCAAUAUCUAUCUAUUGGAACUUAUUUCCAAAGUAACUCCAAACGAGGGGAGAUUUCGUUAAAAAAAAAACACGUGAUUAAUGGACGAUCCCUUAACAGAGCUUAAAUUCAGCUAACAGCGCCAUCUACCGCAAUUACUAUUAAGCGCAUCAAACAUAAGCAUUUUAUUUUUUUUAAUUUAUUCUCAUUUAGACUUAAAGAGUUGUGAAUUAUUAAUGGGAGUGAGAAAUAAUGUGAUUGUAUUAUGUUUUCUUGUUUGAUAAACGAUAUUGGCAUGUCUAGCCACGUGAACGUGGCGCCCUCUGGUGACAACAGUCGCUAAUACAGGGGUGGCCAGUUUGGUCGAUCGCGACUACAAGUCCAGUGGACGGUGGCAAGGUGAACAAUAUAACAUAUCGCUAAUCCAGCGGAGGAUGCUCGGACGCGACGCUCGCACUAAUAUAAACAAGUAGUCGCCGAGAAGCAGUUUCAGUUUUACGUUCUCCCUCUUAAUACAAUAAACAAUACUGCAACACUACACGCUCGUGCACUGAACUGUGCCGUUACAUUUGUGAUCUCGUGAAGUAUGCAAUUGGUAGAUCGCACAGGGUCGCGUCGGUAAACAGUUCAUUUUGGGUCUGGUCAAGUCGGCCACCCCUGAUCUACACGAUGCUCUGCGAAUAUCCGAAUAGCGUUUCAGAAUUGGGCCCACUGUUGGACUUAGGACAUCUCAAUAUUGCUUAGCGAAAGAGACAAGAAAACAUAAUAAUACCUGAUUUUGAUUGUCACUUUGUUGUGACGAGAAAUGUUAAAACUGUCAUGUAAAUAUUUAAAUUUGUAUGUCCAAGUGUUUAUUGUUAAAAUACAUUUGUAUGUGUAUAUUGUGGGAUACAUCUUCAUCGUAAUCAACCAUUAACUGUCCACUGCUGGGCAUAGGCUUGGGAUGUUUUGCCAGUAGUUGCCACGCUUGGCAGGCACAGGCUUUGGUGAUAUUUUAAGAGGCACGCCGCUGCCUGUCCCUCUGUCGUUAAGUUCACUAAGUCGCCUCUCACGACAUCCACGGGAAAAGAAGUGGUGGCCCAAUCUAUGCCGGGACCACACGGCGAGUCUAUCCAUAGAUAUUUCUAUAUAUCACCCACGUCUACGCUUUGAUGACCAGAAACAGUUAGACACUGUUUUUGUACUUUUAAUUCUUGGUGAUCUGAAAGAGUGCUCAGAGAUUAUAAAUCGAAAAACCUAUAUUCGGUUUACAGUAAAAAAAUUACAACUAAAUCUCCUAAAAUGAUUCUUUUUUUUGGAUUUAGUUUUAUUUAGUAGUGUAAUUGGCAAGUGUUGGUCUCGAUAUGGCAUACACACUAAAGCUGCAAGUUUUGCUCGCCUCGAAAUUUAUGCAAAUUUUUAUAUACAAAGUCUUUUUUUUUUAAAAAACAAAUCGGUUUACAAUUCGACGAAGUUAUGAGGUAAUAAACAUAAAAAAAAAUACAAUCGAAUUGAAGGUCCCUUCUCUUACUUCGUUUUAAAGGAGACAAUGUCUCCUUAGGAGUUAUGUUAGCCUGGUACUUUUUAAGAUCCACGGUGAUGACUGUUCGCGUUUUUUCCUUUCAUCAUCAUGAUUUAAACUGUUAACUGUGUACUGGUAAACAUUAGAGGGAAGGGUGGUCCAUUCUAUGCCGGGACCACACGCUGUAUAUAUUUUCAAAUAAAAAAAAAUCCAAAUUGGUUUACAAUUCGACGAAGUUAUGAGGUAAUAAACAUAAAAAAAAAACUACAAUCGAAUUGAAGGUCCCUUCUCUUACUUCGUUUUAAAGGAGACAAUGUCUCCUUAGGAGUUAUGUUAGCCUGGUACUUUUUAAGAUCCACGGUGAUGAUUGUUCGCGUUUUUUCCUUUCAUCAUCACGAUUUAAACUGUUAACUGUCUACUGGUAAACAUAGGCUUUCGAUCGGAGGGAAGGGUGGUCCAUUCUAUGCCGGGACCACACGCUGUAAGUAUAUAUUUUUAAAUAAAAAAAAUCCAAAUUGGUUUACAACACUUGUAAUGUGUCAUGUGUCAAGUUGUAUUUUUUUUUCUUCAACCGACUUUUUUUUUAAUUGAAAAAUUUCUUUUUUUUUCUGAAAGGAUGUACUUACAGAUUGAUCCAGGGCUGUAGCUAGACCCAAGUUUGAGGUAGGGCAAAAGAAAUUUUUGGAAAGGUAGAAGCCAAUAAUUAAGAGACUUCGAAAAAGCGAAUCUGUCUUAUUUUCUUAUGGCCUUUCAUUUACGGUAGGGCAUUGCCCCCCAAUGAUCUCCUAGCUACGCCCAUGGAUUGGUCCAAUAGAAAUUUUAUGAAAAUCGAUACAGUAAUCCAGUUUUUAAGUCAAAAUAACUUAUUUCGUUACAUUUUAAGUCUGUUCUUUUUGUGGGUAACAAUUUAACUAUAUUUUCGUUUAUAAUACUUUUUCUCAAACAUGCUUGGAAAUGUAUUAUUUUGACAAUCUGCUUCGAGAUAAAUUAAAAUUGCCGUACUGGCCAGAUACAUGCGGGCAGCGGCCGGCAAAAGUUGUAUGAAAAUCCAUAUCUGUCGUGUUUUGCGGCCAGAUAAAUUACUAUGUAAACUCAUAUCUGUCCUGUAAUUUAAAAAUGGAAUGACCUUUUACUUCGAAACAUGGCUACCAAGGAGAUAACUAAUAAAGGUUUUAUUUAAAUUUCGAACUGGUAUGCAAAUAGAAAGCUGUUUAUUAAAAAAAAAAAACAAAGGAACAUUAUGGCGCGUGAAAAAUUAUUAUUGUUCAUUAUUCGUCAUUGAACUUAAAAAGUAAAAUUGUGUUUUUGAUUUCCGCGCAUUGUUUGAGAAAAAUACUAUACAAGCCUUGGCCACAACUAGGCAUUGAUGGACUCAAGUAUGUGUGCCUCGGCUACGUCUCGGCCCACAUUUGUACGUUCGUCCAUCAAUGCCUCAGUUGCUGGCCGCUGCAGUAAUGUACUAUUAUAUGUUAUUUGUUAUGUAAAGCGAACAUUCCAUCCCCAUAUUUAUAUAAGAAAAUUAUAAAAUAUGUUUCCAGUAACCAUAAGACAGAAGACAAGUCUAGAGAGUUGGAUUGAAAAAAUUUUAUUUUAUUGAUUUUGUAUUUGUAAAUUCACAUCCAAAGUUCCUAAUAAUUGUUUAUUCAAUUAAUAUUAUGUAAUUCCAUCACCAUUGGCUGUUAUAUGGUGUUUCACUGUAUUAAUUGUAUAUUUUUAUGGAAAAUAAAAUAUAAUAUGUAAGUGA